AUGGAUACAGAUAACCAACAGGAUAUUAGUGCGUGCAAAAUCAAUUUGGACGACUGCUUUACCACAGCCAUUGAUAUAGCAAAGGAGCAUGCAGGACCGAUAAUACGAAGAGCUUUGACUGGCGAGAAAACAUUCACAACCAAGGAGUCGAUAGCUGAUGUCGUCACCGAGACAGAUGGAGAAGUUGAACAUAUUAUUUUAACCAAGCUAAAAACAAAGUAUCCUUCUCACCAUUUCAUUGCUGAGGAAUCCGUAGAAAGCAAAGGUUGUGAAUUGACGAACAAUCCAACAUGGGUAAUCGACCCGAUUGACGGAACAGCCAACUUUGUUCACGGGUUUCCCAAUGUAGCUGUUUGUAUAGCACUGAUGGUGAACAAACGCACUGAAAUAGGAAUCGUAUAUGAUGUACUGCACGAUAAGUUAUUCACAGCACAGCCGGGCCGUGGUGCUUUCUGUAAUGGGAAACGCUUAAAGGUGUCAGGCCAUACAGAUCUCAAUAAAUCUUUAGUUUUUGCUGAAAUUCCAAGGGAUUGCAGUCCGGAAACUGUUCAACGAACUCUCAAGAACUUUGAAUCUUUGAUGCUUGCCCCGGUACAGGGGUUUCGUGCACUUGGUUCUGCAGCACUAGAUAUGUGUGCAGUUGCUGAAGGUUCAAUGGAUGCUUACUUUGAUUAUGGUCCGCAUAUAUGGGAUUUUGCUGGUGCCGAGCUCAUUAGGGAAGCUGGAGGAGUUACCAUGGAUACUGAAGGUGGACCAGUGGAUUUGAUGUCACGUCGUAUACUGGUGGCCAGUAGCCAUGCAUUGGCUAAAGCGAUUAGCUGUAAACUUAUACAUACAGUACUACCAAGAGACUAA